GUAUAACAUUUUCCAAAUAUUAUUUCACCAGUUGCCUAAUUUUCCGCCGUCGGAGACUGCCGUCAAAGAAGGUUUUCCCGGCGAUGAUUGCGGCGGAGGAAGUAAAGACUACUAAAGCUCCACGGCGGCGCUUGUCCUGUAUGCCUUGCUUCGACGCCCUUUGGUUUUGCUACUCACCAGUUCAUCAGGUGCAGCAAUAUUAUCGGCUUGGAGUUCUUGACAAUUGUUCAGGGAAGUGGAGUAAGCUUGUUGACUGCUUGAGUUUGAAAACUAAGAGUUCAGCUGAAUUGCAGGAUAUUUUGGAAACACGUGAGAAAGAAAAGUUUCAUAUUUGGUCUUUUAGGACACCGGAAGAAUCAGCUGCUAAAUGGCAACAGUGGUACGGACAUUUAGAUGAACCAGAGUAACUACUUCCUACAAGUUUCUCUUUUUCAGACGCUUUCCAUUAGUUCAGUUGAGUGAUUUAACCAGAGUGCCAUAUCAAAGCGGUGACUGUCCUUUUACAAACUCAUUUUCAAUUUCUUUACCAAAAAUCACUGAUUUUUCAAUGUAUGAAUUAGGACUGAAUUUUCUAUUAUUACCAAAGCUAUUGACUCGUAGGACAUUAUAUUUUGGAACAAAUUAUUGCUACUUGGACAUAUGGUAAUCAAAUCAUAGCUUAUUGAAUUCAUGAGCAAAAUUUUGUCAAGUGUUGCUGAUAAUUUGAUUGGCCAAGGUUGUUAAUUUUGCGUUGAACUUCUCUUGUUAUCUUCAGCAGAGUUGUACAUUGUACAUGGUAUGUUUUGAACCUGUGAAAACAGGCUAGAAAAUGUAGUAAAGUGAUUUAUUAAAAUUUGAU